AUGGAGACAAGACAACAACGAUCGGAUGGAGAUAGACAACCCUCUCCACUCUCAACCUCCCCGGUGUCACCAGCUAGUGGCAGGUUGAAGGCCAAGAUCGUAAGAAACCAGAAGGCCUGCGAUGUGUGCCGCGCCCGCAAAGUCAGGUGUCUGUAUGGAGCAGGCGAGAUCCGAUGCCAGGGUUGCACGUUCCUCAAUAUCCAAUGCACACAUGAACGACCACGGCGGAGGAGAGGACCACCGAACAAACAUGCUCAACAACAACAACAGCAACUUCAGGAGCAAGAACAGCAGCAGCAGCAACAACAGGGCAAUAUAACAGGCACAACUAACCAACAGAGCCCUGCAGUGCCAAAUGUCGCCUCUCCUAACCUUGAGCUUGUAUACCAGGCCUCGCCCGCCUCCUCUUUGACCCCCACUCAUCACACCCCCAGCUCACAUUCGUACAACUCGGCGAGUUCAACAGUCGCCACCCCCUCGGAUCUUGACCCAGGCGCUCUCGUCGGAGCGCCGAGUCCCAUCACGGGACAACACGGCAACUGGCUUGCCCGCUUCGCACCAGAAGACCUUGUUCACCGCAUGCUGGACGACUGGUUCGAAAAGGUACACUCUCUGGCACCCAUUCUGCACCGGCGGCGCUUCAUGUACCGGUUGAAAGCUGGCGAAGCAAGGACAAAUGGCACCUUUUGCGGGCUCGUCGUGAGCGUGUGUGCGGCGACGGUAGCGACGCUAAAACGCGCAGACUACAGCCCUGUGACGGUUGCAGGCUGCCUAGACUUCAUCGAGGAGAACCACUUGCUGUAUCGAGGCAUCAGGAAUCCCGCCUACUCGGUCGACUGGUGCAUCGCCAUGUACAACGUCGGCACGUCCGCCAGCUCCAUGAACGAAAACGGCCUAACCGACCUGCGUUCGUUCCAUGCUAUAUCCGAGGCCGCUGCGGGGGCGAGGUACCUCGCUUAUUACCACAUGACCGACCUGGAUAUGCCCGAGCAGCAGAUGCUCAAGCGGCUCUUCUGGCUGAUCUUCUCGGCGUACUACAGCGCAGACUCGUUCGGGAAGUUAUCCGUGAUCAUCAUCUCCCACCAGGAGAACUGUGCCCACCUGCGGCCGCUCCCUCUAACAGACUCCCAGCUGGACACGCGCCCGCAGCUCUCGGUAACGGAGCUGCCGCCGUGGCAUGGCGACGACACAUCCUACAUCCUCGGCCUCAAUCACCUGAGCGACCUGUGUCUCACAUGGCACGAGGCCCAGACGGCGCCGUCGAGCACAUACGACGGGCAGGAAGGGGCUCUGAAGCACUACCUCAACCGGAUCCAGAGCAUCAUCGACAGCUUCCCGCCGGAGCUGCGGUGGCGCGGUGGGCUGUCGCGGCCGGUCCACGCAACGGAGGGCCACGACACGCAGAUAGCCAAUUUGUUCAUCACGAGCCUUCAUAUCCGCUCCAAUCUGCUGCAGAAGUUCAGGUCCACCGUCGAGACGCGCGCGUUCGAGCAUCAGCGUAUCGUCGACGACCUCCUGGAGAUCCUGUACCACAUGCCGGAACACGUACUGGAGCAGAACGGGAACAGCCUGGUGCCGAAGCUGCGUGACUGCGGGGCGGCGUACAUGGAGCAGAUGACCAUCGGCGACGGCGAGGGAGGAGAGGGUCCCGGUAUGCUCGUGAGCGAGAGCGCGAGGUUCAAGUUGGAGAAGCUACUGAGGAAAUUGGACGAUAUUGACUACUGGCCGGGUCAUACUGGAGUAGAGAGUCCACAGACUAUGAGAAAGUAG